UGCGACAGAUCGGAAGCGAGAAACUGCAAUCGGAUAUGGUCACGGCUGAAAACCAAAUUCGCGGGUAGCUAGUUACUGGCUCACUGCCAAGCGAAGCUACAAGCAGAGACAGCCCUCUGCUACUCGAGAAAUCGAAAAAAUGGCCGCUAGAAUAAACACCUCCAUACAAAAUUCUCUCUGGCUCUUAAACCCUUUGCAGAAUUCUCGCAAUCUCAAAGCUACCCAUUUGAGAACCCGCUUCAAAUUCUAUCAAAAUCUGUUAUCAGCCCCGUCUUCUUGUUCUUCUUCUUCAAAACGAGCCAUAUUCUGUUCCUCUGCGAGCAAUUUCAACUCCCAUGAUGGCGGAGCCGCAACAGGCCCGUUUGUCAUCACAACGCCACUUUAUUAUGUUAAUGCUGCCCCUCAUAUGGGGAGUGCUUAUACCACCAUUGCUGCCGAUGCCAUUGCGCGGUUUCAGAGGCUGCUAGGAAAGAAAGUCAUCUUCAUUACUGGCACAGACGAGCACGGGGAGAAGAUUGCCACGGCUGCUGCUGCUCAGGGUUCGGGUCCAAGCGAACAUUGUGAUAACAUUUCAGAGGCAUACAAGACACUCUGGAAAGAUCUAGAUAUAGCUUAUGAUAAGUUCAUUCGGACAACUGAUCCUAAACACGAGACCAUUGUAAAGGAAUUUUACUCGAACGUUCUUGCCAACGGAGAUAUCUAUAGAGCUGAUUAUGAGGGACUUUAUUGUGUUAACUGUGAGGAAUACAAGGAUGAAAAAGAACUUCUUGCUGACAACUGUUGUCCUAUACACCUGAAGCCCUGUGCUUCAAGGAAAGAAGACAAUUACUUUUUUGCAUUGUCAAAAUACCAGAGAUUGCUUGAAGAAACUUUAACACAGAAUCCAGGGUUUGUGCAGCCUGCCUUCCGUUUGAACGAGGUGCAAAGUUGGAUUAAAAGUGGCCUAAAGGACUUCUCUAUCUCCAGAGCAUCAGUUGAAUGGGGCAUUCCAGUUCCCAAUGAUCAAAGGCAAACAAUUUAUGUUUGGUUUGAUGCAUUAUUAGGUUAUAUAUCAGCACUAUCAGAGAACGAUGAGCAACCAAAUUUACAAACGGCCGUUGCUUCGGGUUGGCCUGCUUCUUUACAUUUGAUUGGUAAGGAUAUUUUACGUUUCCAUGCAGUUUAUUGGCCUGCUAUGCUAAUGUCUGCUGGACUAAAGCUUCCAAAGAUGGUUUUUGGUCAUGGGUUCUUGACGAAGGAUGGCAUGAAGAUGGGCAAGUCAUUAGGCAAUACUCUUGAACCAAAUGAAUUGGUUCAAAAGUUUGGCUCGGACCCCGUGCGAUACUUCUUCCUUCGAGAGGUGGAAUUUGGUAGUGAUGGAGACUACGCCGAGGAUCGGUUCAUCAAUAUUGUCAAUGCGCAUCUUGCAAAUACGAUAGGAAAUCUUCUUAAUCGAACCCUCGGACUCCUUAAAAAGAACUGCCAAUCUACUUUGGUGGUUGAUUCUUCUGCUGCAGCUGUAGGAAAUGCUUUCAAGGAAAAAGUCGAGGAAUUGGUUGCGAAAGCUCGGAAUCAUUACGAAGAGCUCUCCCUUUCAUCGGCUUGUGAGGCUGUGUUGGAGAUUGGCAAUGCUGGAAAUUCCUACAUGGAUGAGCGAGCACCAUGGUCUCUCUUCAAACAAGGUGGUGCCUCAUCAGACGCAGCUGCAAAGGACCUUGUUCUUAUACUCGAGGCGAUGCGAAUCAUAGCCAUUGCAUUAUCCCCAGUAACGCCACGCUUAAGCUGGAGAAUAUACGAGCAGCUCGGCUUCCCUGAGGACCAGUUUGCAGCUGCAACAUGGAAUGAGACGAAAUGGGGAGGGCUGAAGGCUGGUCAGGUUAUGGCUCUUCCAAACCCAGUCUUUGCUAGGAUUGAACAAGCCAUUGUCAAUGGUGAAGAAGAAGCUCCCAAAAAACCAGUCAAAAGCAAGAAGAAAAUAGCUCAAAAAGUGGCAGAAGCCUAAACCAUGCCCUCAAAUUUCAAGUUGUCUCUCAUCUUCUGUUUUUCCUUCUAACAAUUUUGUUCUUUCCAUAAAUGAAUAUUUACCAAUUAUUAUAUCAGACAAUUUAAACUAAUUCUCAGCCAAUUUAUAAUGGUAAAACAUUGAACAGAACAUUUAAAUUCGA